CCCGCCCCUCCCACUAUAAAUCAGCACCCCGCGCGCACUGCUUGCUCGCCAUCGCUCCCUACCUCGCUCCUCCUCUUCCUCCUCCGCGCUCGCCGGAGACAGCCACAUCACAGCACAGAGAUCGAUCGAUCGAGAGAGCCAUCGCCGACAGCUCGACGAACACUACUGUGUGGCAUGGCGGAGAGGUUGCUGUGGGCGUCGACGAUGAGCGGCGGCGAGAAGACCAGGGGCAUGGGCGCCAUGGGCACGCUCGUGGGGCAGCUCGGGGAGCUGCUGUCCAGGGCGGUGAUGCCGCCGCCGCCGCGGGUGUGCGGCGCGCCGGGUGGCCCGCCGGUGACGGCGCCGCGGGUGCGGCUGAGCGACGGGCGGCACCUGGCGUACGAGGAGUCCGGCGUGCCCAAGGAGGCGGCGCGAUACAAGAUCGUCUUCUCCCACGGCUUCACCGGCUCCCGCCUCGACAGCCUCCGCGCCUCGCCGGAAGUGGCUGAAGAGCUGGGCGUGUACAUGGUCGCCUUCGACCGCGCCGGCUACGGCGAGAGCGACCCGAACCCGAACCGCACCGUCAAGAGCGCGGCGCUGGACAUGGCGGAGCUCGCCGACGCGCUGGGCCUCGGCGACAAGUUCUACGUCGUCGGCGUGUCCCUCGGCAGCCACGCCGUGUGGGGCGCGCUCAGGUACAUCCCGGAGAGGAUCGCCGGGGCGGCGAUGAUGGCGCCCGUGGUGAACUACUGGUGGCCCGGGUUCCCGGCGGAGGACGCCGCGGCGGCGUACGGCAGGCAGUCGUACGGCGACCAGUGGGCGCUCCGCGUGUCGCACCACGCCCCGGCCAUCCUCCACUGGUGGAUGGACCAGAGCUGGCUCCCCACCUCCACCGUCGUCGACAACACCACCUUCCUCCCCAACAAGCGCGACGCCGACAUCCGCCGCACCCUCACCGCCGACGGCACCCUCCAAAAGAAGAAGGAGAUGGCGACGCAGCAAGGGAUCAACGAGUCGUACUACAGGGACAUGACGGUGAUGUUCGGGAAGUGGGAGUUCGACCCGAUGGCGCUGCCGGAGCCGCCGUGCCCGGUGCACAUCUGGCAGGGCGACGAGGACGGCCUCGUCCCCGUCGCGCUGCAGCGGCACGUCGCCGGGAAGCUCGGCUGGGUCAGCUACCACGAGCUCCCCGGCACCGGCCACUUCCUCUCCGCCGUCCCCGGCCUCGGCGACACCGUUCUCCGGACACUUUUCGGCUGAUCAGCAACGAUAAAAUACAGAAGAAGAGUGAUGCAAAAAUACAGUAGAGUAGUACUACAGUGCUCAGUUAAUCUCACAUGACUACAUGAGGCAGCAUUCAGAUUUUUUUUUCCUUUUAUUUUGUAGCAGAUUUGUGCUGCCAAGAAACCCUGCUAAGUGAUAAUGUUAACAAAUAUAUAUACUGAUAUUAGACUGUUCUCAUUACUGUCA